UGGUGGUGAGCGUGAGUGUGCAGCAGCUGUGAAAAGUUGGAAAAAAGCUUGUAAAAUAGUUGAAAAUUUGCGAGACAAUUGUAAAAAUCUAUAAAACUGCUUCUUGCAUAUCGCCAUUGGACAACGAAUUGAAGAUUAGUUUUAGUUUUGCUGUUUAGCCUGUAUACGCGCAGAUCUCCCGUCAAUGAAACCCAGCAAUCGUGAAUAAGAAGCAGCAGAGUAGCUUUUAGAGGCUAAAGGACUUAUUUUACCUCGCACCCGGAUUUGUUGGAAUUUAGCAAGAGCAUUACCUAUUAGCAAGGAACUUAUUCCUUAUAGCAAAAUUUAACACAGUACCAUGGAUAAAAGGAAAUUAUCCACAUCUGGUGAUACGCUCUAUCAAACCCUUGGUUUACCAAAGACAGCUACAGCAGAUGAAAUCAAAAAAACAUACCGGAAAUUGGCAUUGAAAUAUCACCCAGAUAAGAAUCCCAACAAUCCAGAUGCUUCGGAGAAGUUCAAAGAGGUGAACCGAGCACAUUCCAUCCUCAGCGACCUGACCAAGAGGAACAUCUACGACAACUACGGUUCACUGGGGCUGUACAUCGCCGAACAGUUCGGCGAGGAGAAUGUCAACGCGUACUUUAUGGUCACGUCGCCUACGUGCAAGGCUAUUUUCCUGAUUUGCGGCAUCAUAACUGGCUGCUAUUGUUGCUGCUGCUGCUGCUGUUGCUGUAACUUCUGCUGUGGCAAGUACAAACCGCCGGCGAAUGACAACACCAGCGAUUACCAUCAUCUACACAGAGAUGCUGCCAGUAGUAGCAACGCAGGUGAAGGAGCGACAGUUACAGAUCAGCCGCAGCGAAGAGAGGACCUGGCUGAUUUGGAGGAUAAUGGAGGUGGUCCGGUAACGUCUCAGCCAACGGCUGGCCAAGCGCAAGGAGCGGGAAUGCCAGUGUACGCAAUGCCAGCGCCAUCGGCGAACCCGACCAAUCCGUUCACUGGUGCAGCGGCAGCCACGGAAAGUACAGGGCUGAACACCGGCAGUCAGCCAGUGUACACGCCAGGUAUGAAAUAAGUGUUGACGCCAUUUAUUGAAGUAUAUCUUUAUCCUUCGAAAUCUAUCACAAAGUAAAAAACCCAACAUCCAACCCCAAUAAAAGUGUGUAAUUGCAUCAAUCAACCAAUACACAAAAGCACACGCGCGCUGCCCGACGAUUGUGACGACACGUGCUGCUGCGUGCGUGGCACACAUUGAGGCAAAAGAAAACUUUAACUACGUUUAAGCUUAGGAGUAACCUUGCAAGUCCGAUUUGAGAAAAAGUUUAAUAACAAGCAAAAUUAUAUCUAUAGAGAUAAACCUAAUCAACGAGAGAUGCAGACAAAAAUCUAAUAUUAUCUUCAAACUAAUCAAACGACGAAUGAUGCGGAGUGAGCCGGUAUCAUUAAACAAAAGAAAAAGAAGAUACAUACAAAGUCACAAAACAAAAACAAAAAAAAAAAGAAACAAACCAAUUAUAACAAUUAUUACAAUAAAACUCUCACAUUACUACCCAUUAAGAAACGCACUUUGUCAACUUCAAAAAGGCGAGCGCGACUCAACGGGCAACAGCACAGUGAUGCCGGAGAGAGUAAGUUUUGUCCUUCAUUAAAUCUACUACUUACGUGUUACGCACUAUUUCGAUUUGCAAAACAUACAAGCAAAAUGUUUAAAUUUGUGAAAGAAAAAAAAAGCAAACGUAAAUCUGUUAUUUUUGUGUAGUUUUUUUCUUCCUCCUCGAAGUAAACAGAAGAAACAACCUCUAUUUAGAGAGAGAGAGAGAGAGAGAGAGAGCAAGCAGAAGUUUUAGACAAAGUCAAAGGUUAGCUAAUGCAGCGCAGCCCUAGUGAGAGCGGUUCUGCUGUGCACAGAUAUAACAAUAAUACAAAAAAAAACAAAACAGAUAGACAAACACCCGGACAGACAAACCGCUCAACAAAGGCUCUCCAUUAUCUGUGUAGCUAUAAUCAAAUCAUAAAAUCUAUAUAUAUUCGACAAAAGUGCAUAUGAAAUUCCAACAGCGAUGAGGAUGAGAAAAGGAAAUACCUACGAUAAUAAAUUUUUCAUUGCGCCAGUUAUACUCAACCUGAAAG